AUUUUGCAUUUCCGGGUAGGGGACCUGUGUGUAAACAAUACUGAUCUCUCCCCCCUGUCAGCUACUGCACAUUGCUUUGUAUUGCUCUGCAUAGCACAGCAAUACAAAGCAAUGUGCUGGCACAGUAAAGCACACACACAGCACACUGUAAAACAGCACACAGUUAACCCUUUGAUCGCCCCAGAUUUUAACCCCCUUGCUGCCCCGUGCCAUUAGUACAGUGUCAGUGCUUUUUAUUAGCACUGAUCACUGUAUAGUGUUACUGGGGAUGUCAGUGACAGUUAGUCAGUUUCCCCCCAGUGUCAGAAUGCCCGCCGCAGUCCCAC